AUGAAAUUCGGCCGCAAUCUACCCCGGAAUGUCGUUCCCGAGUGGAGCGCUUCCUACAUCAAGUACAAGGCAUUGAAAAAACUCAUCAAGUCGGCGGCGGAAAAUGUGAAGGCUGGUCAUGAGGCAGACCUCGCCGGAUUCUUUUACUCCCUCGAUCGAAAUCUCGAGGACGUGGAUUACUUCUACAACAAGAAAUAUUCGGAUUUUGCGCGCCGCUUGAAACUGCUGGAGGAGCGGUAUGGCCAAUCUCUUGAUGUCGGUCACCGUCUGGACUCCGAGGAGGUGGAAGAUCUGUUAGCUGCCUUGCUGGAGCUGCGCGGACAGCUGCGCAAGUUGCAGUGGUACGGCGAGGUCAACCGCCGCGGUUUCAUCAAGAUCACCAAGAAGCUUGACAAAAAGGUGGGUGCUCAUGCACAGCAGACCUACGUCGAGACCAAGGUGGACCCCUCCCCGUUUGCCUCUAAUGCUCGAGUCUCCGAGUCUUUGAAAAGGAUCAACGACUGGCUGUCUACACUGGGUGACCAAAAGGCCAACGACGACGCCAGCUCCACCCACUCCUCUCUGUCUCUGAAGAGGGGCCCUGCUCGUCCUAACUUGAACCUGCCGACGAGCUUGCUGCUUGCAGUCGACGAUGCCCUGCGCAAGGACGACACUCAUGUGAUGCUGGAGCUGUUGGAGACGCUCAAGUCUGCUGCGGAUGACAACGCAGAGGGCACUUACACUAAAAUCCUCAGCAAUCUCCUGCAGCGAUGCAUCUACUACCGCGCUAAGUCCUGUAUCUCGACCCUCCUGGGCCGGAUGGGCAGCCUGAACGAGGACGACGAUAUCAACAAGCGCAACUGCAUUCACCGACUGGUGAUCUCAAUUGGUCGGGCGCAAUCCACCACGGACUCGGAGCAGUCCGCUGCGAUGGUACUUGACUUUCCCUUGGAGACGUCAAACUACAUCACUCCCGCCGCCCUGCCGACCCUGCAACCCCCACGAUCCGUAGUAAAGGAGGCGGAUUUCCCGCAGCAUCUCGAGCGCUCGGACCCCUCCGUGUCGCUUUUGCAGCAUCUGCUCGACCAGCUUCAAAGCUCUCAGCGACCCGCCCUGUUGGCGAGGGACCUCUCUGGUCGAACGCCUUUGCAUUACGCCGCCCAGUACGGCUUCAAGGUUGUAUGCGAGGUCAUCAUCGAGCACCUCCAAGCCUGGGAUAUGUUCGACGUCAGCGGGGGUAUUGAUGGGCCCUCGUGGCAAGACCACGACGGAUGGGCGCCCCUCCAUUUGAGUGUAGUCGGCGGCCACCCUCUCACGACCCGGACCCUUCUGGACGCGGAAAAUUGGCAAGGACCGAAGGAGAAGAAGAUAACCAUCCGGAACCGGGUGUCCCGGUCGAGCGCGGUGCUUGCUCUGGCUACCAAGGCGAACUUCGUGGAUAUCGUUCGACUUUUGGUGGAUGCCGGUGUGGAUAUCAACUAUCAGGACGAACAGGGCGAGACCGCACUCCAUGUGGCAGCCCGGUUUGGCCACGACCAAUGUGCCAAGAUCCUGCUGGACGGCAACCAUGAGCAGAAGGCCAAUACUGAGCUCGCAGAGCACACGUAUUCCUGGACUCCGCUGUUCAUCGCCUGCGUCGAUGACGCGCUCAGCGUGGUGAACUUGCUGAUCGAAGCCGGUGCCGAUCUGGAGAAGCCCGAUUCCUCCGGCUGGACGGCGAAGGAACAUGCUGCUCUGCGAGGUCACCUUGCCGUGGCUCGGCGUCUUGCAGAAGUUACGCCGGAGCCCGAAGUCAACGAGGCCGAGCCUGUCAUCCCCGUUCCUACGCGCUCGGUCUCUCCGUCAUCCAACUCCUCUCCCCCGCCCUCCUCCCUGGCGGACCGGAGAUCCAACACGCAGACAUCCGCCGGGAGUUCUAGCUUGCGGGUUUCUGAGCCUAUUAAGUCUUUUGGACACCGGUAUCUCACCGAUGAAGCCAUGAUCCUGGUCAGCCUGGGGACCAUGGAUACCCGGAAACCCAUCGAAUCCGUCAAUCUUGACCGCAUUCCAAUGGAAAAUGCCCAUUCGACUCAGCUGGAUACAGCUUUGUCCCUCGUGGUCUCGGCUACUGGAGCCCACGGAGAACCGGAGAUCAUCGAUCUUCCCGUGCAAGACAACAUCUCGACCGAGCCCAUGGUGUUCCAUGCCGCGGACGCAACCAAGGUUAGGCUGAUGUUCGAUCUGAUUCCUACAUACGCUGGUUCGAAAGAUAAGGUUGUGGGACGAGGCGUUGCGUUGCUUUCUAGUAUCAAACCAACCGUUGGAUCCCAUCGCAUCAACUUGAAGGGUGACUCGACAGUGCCCAUCAUCGCAGCCAACACUUUGGAAAUCAUUGGCACCGUCACCUUCAACUUCCUCAUCGUCACCCCUUUCCAGCAUCCCAACAUGUCCAUCACCGGUGACCAAACCUACUGGAAGAGUAUGAGCAGCUCAACCAUGGUGAUCGGCCACCGCGGACUAGGGAAAAACUUUGCCAGUCGCAACUCUCUACAACUUGGAGAGAAUACGAUCCAGUCUUUUAUCGCAGCGGCUAAUCUGGGCGCGUCCUACGUGGAGUUUGACGUGCAGUUGACGAAGGAUCACGUCCCAGUGAUCUACCAUGACUUCCUUGUCAGCGAAACGGGCAUCGACGCUCCCGUCCACACUUUGACUCUGGAGCAGUUCCUCCAGCUGGGCGACAAAGGACAAUCGGCCGACGUUCCAGGAAAGGACGCGAACACGCGCCAGCGGUCCAUGUCUGUCGGCGGAUCUGAAUUCGAUCCUUCGGAACUGAACGAGAAGAUCAAGCAUACGCGUGAUUUCAAGAAGAAGGGCUUCAAGGGAAACACCCGCGGUAACCACAUUCAAGCGCCGUUUGCUACGUUGGAGGAGCUGUUUAGGAAGCUACCCAAAUCCGUUGGGUUUAACAUCGAGCUGAAAUACCCUAUGCUCUUUGAGAGUGAGGACGAAGAGAUGGACACCUAUGCGGUGGAGUUGAACUCGUUUGCCGACACGGUUCUCCGCAUGGCUUAUGAUCUGGGACAGGGUCGCAACAUGAUCUUCUCCAGUUUCAACCCCGACAUGUGUCUUUUGCUAUCUUUCAAGCAACCCUCCAUUCCCGUUCUGUUCCUGACCGACUCCGGGUCCACGCCGGCCGGUGAUAUCCGGGCCAGCAGCCUCCAAGAAGCCGUCCGGUUUGCGUCUCGAUGGAACCUUCUCGGUGUCGUCACCCAGGCGGAGGCCUUGGUUCUCUGCCCUCGUUUAGUGCGCGUGGUGAAGGAAUCCGGUCUGGUUUGCGUGUCAUACGGAGCGAUCAACAACAAACCUGCCAACGUCAAGCUCCAAGUUGCCGAAGGCAUUGAUGCCGUCAUCGUGGACUCCGUUCUCGCCAUCCGAAAGGGACUCACAGAGCAUCAGAACAAGGAUAACCCAUCCCCGGCUGUUACUCCUCAACCCAGCCCGCUCGCUCAGCCCACUUCCGACCCCAUGAACCAGUCGCUGAAGAUCCCCGUUCUGAGCCAGGCCGACGUGCAGGACAACCACCUGCAUAUCAAACCGGAAUCGAUUUUGUAA